UAUCCCUCAGCCAUUACUCCGUACACUGACUCGCAUUCUACAACAGUCCUUCACAGCUUGAGGUAUAGACGGCUUUCGCUGCUCUCGAAACACACCCCGAUCCAUUAAUGCGCCCUUGAACGAUUCUCUCUCCCUCCCUCCCUCCCAGUAACCAUCUCGCCACCACCUUCAUAUUCCGAACCGACUUGUCCUGUACUGUGGCACAGGAUUCAACCAUCAAGCUGGCGUGGUUCUGGACAUCUCCUCCCUCGAACUCGCCAUCGUCCUCACCUUCACCCUCAUCACCCUCCUCAUCAUCCUCUCCACACCCCGCCCAUCUUAACUUCCGCCCAUCUUCUUCCCCUCCCAGACCCAACCUCAUAAUGUCCAAACCGACACCGACCCCGGCCCUCACACCACAAUUCUGCUUCAACACCCGCGUCCUGCGCGACUUUUUGCGGCUGUCCCGCGCCUCGAUCGACGACAGCAUAUCCACAACCCUCAACGCCCUGAUCACCCCGGCCUCCACGUCGCCAUUCGACCCGAGCUCAACCUCCGUCCGCAACCCUACUCUCCCUUCGUCCCUCACACGCCAGCCCAUCCCAUCCUCCACGACCCGGACGUUUCUGGACAAUGUCCUCUUCCCGUCCUGGCAGGCCCGCAUGGGCGUAAUACAAUACUGCACAUCCGUCGCGACGAGUCCGGACCCGGACGAUCCAGAGGUGCUCGAGCGCGAGACCCUGAAUCGUCGAGACGCCGAGCGUGUCGUGGACGAGCGGCUCGACCCCUAUAGUGGACGAUUCUUCCCGAGAGAAGCACGCACGGAAGAGUUGGCUAGCAUACUUAGGAACGAGGUCGCGGUCGAAGGAAUAGUCAGGGCCCGCACGUGGGGAAUCGUGACUGACCGAUGCGAGGGGGUCGGUGGUAAUUGGCAGGCAGAGUUUGAUCGGUGGAAGGACCAAAGUGGCGGACGGCGAGCUUGAAGUGCUGCAAUAAACAACAUCCAUACGAAGACCGCUUGGGUGGGUGUCGGGUAGCUCACGAAAAGCUCAAAAGACGAGCACGAUGCCGGCAUGGUAUGGCAGGCAGGCAUGUCGUGCCACUGAUAGACGCCUGGAUACCUGAACGCCUCGAGCCACUUAUUUUCGAUCGCGGGUUAUUGAACAGAGGGCGGGAAAAGAGAAGACGACAGUCCACUUCACGUCAAGAGCGUCGGUAUAAAACAGAGCCACUCAUCAAGCCUUUUACAAUCGAGGCCCUUCAACAGUAUGCGGAACGGCCUUCAUAUUAUUGUAUAUUGUAUAUUGUAUAUACAUCUAUGUAUUUCAUGGACGGAGCAAGCUGGUUCAUCAAGCCAUCGACCUGUCGGACAUCCUUCACAGUCCCAUGUGGGCCAGGAAACUUUGUGGGGGCGGUCUUCAGGAAGAUGAUGUACAAGAUCAUUGGAAAUUGGUAAUAGGUAUAUGGUGCCCGACUUUCCAUACCGGAUCUUGCUAUACUGGACUCAGUCUCCAUGAUACGAGGGAAGAGCAGGUAUGCGAAAGAGAAAGGAAGAGGAGGAGGAGGACUACGCCGGACACCAGACCAGACCAUGCCGGCGUCACAAUAAUAUAAAAUCUCUCUCUACUUUGCAUAUCAAAAUCAAACGUUCAAACG